AUGUUCUUUGCGCUGAAAGUUUGUAAUUUGUUCCUGAUCCAGGCAUUUUUUCUGGCACAUUCAGCUCCAAAUGAUUGCCAACCGGAUGAAAAGUACAUCAAGUUGUAUCAGUGCCCCCACGUGUAUAAUACUGAAAUGACGAGUUUAAUGAGAAGGGAAUACGGCAUCGAUAACUUUCAAUAUUUCCAAUGGAUCUGCUGCCCCAAGCCUGGUAAUGUGCUUCCAAAUACGGAUAUCUGUGGGAAGAGUCCCGCCGGAUACCGAAUUGCGCUAGGCCAAGAGACGAGUCCUCAUGAGUUUCCCUGGAUGGCCAUGCUUCUGUAUCGGAAUAACACAUCCUUGGAUAUAAUUCCCUCAUGUGCGGGAUCCCUGAUCAACAAUCGUUAUGUUCUGACCGCAGCCCACUGUCUGGCUGGCAUGCCGGAUGCCUUUACGCUCAAAAGUGUACGCCUGGGCGAGCACAACAUAUGGGAAACCCCAUCUCACAUGGGGAAUUGCAAUGAGCGCAGCCUCCGGUGUGCUGUUCCUCAUUUCGACGUCGGCGUGGAGGAAUCCUUUGUCCAUAGGCGUUACAAAAAGGGUGCACAGAGGCAAAUGCAGCACGACAUUGCCCUUUUGCGACUCAAAAUGCCAGUACGCUUUAGUAAUGGAAUCAAGCCGAUAUGCCUUCUAAGGGAUCACCCAGCCUUGACGAAUGCCAGGCUUCAAAUAGCCGGAUGGGGAAAAAUGGAAAAUGGAUAUCUUAGCGCAGUACUGAGGAAAGGGGACGUCACAGAAGUGCACCCAAAUAGAUGCUCAGAAAUGUUUCGACACCUGCAGUUCAACUACAAGACCCAAAUAUGUGCCCGUGGCCGGAAUAAUGUGGAUACCUGUGAAGGCGACUCCGGCGGUCCACUGAUGGCCACCAUGGUAAAAGACCGCUCAGAGUUCACAUAUCAAGUCGGCAUCACCUCCAUCGGACAUUCAAUUUGUGGAACUAUUGGAUAUCCAGCUGUUUACACGAAAACCAAACCCUUUUUCAACUGGAUAGUGAGUAGGAUGAGGCCCUAA